UUCUUUUGGUCAGACUGGUUGUAUCUCCGGUAGUAGUAGAGCGAGCGCCCGCUUAUACAGCUUAGUCGUUCGAUCGGUCGGUCGGUCGGUAGUUUAAAUGGUCGCUGGUACAUUACAGGCCUGACCUGUUUCACUGUUGUGGCUUUCGUACGACGCGCAAAAACGACAAUUGACGCUUUGAACAUUGAAAAGCGCACAACAGCGUGACAACAACAACGGUACGUUCGCCGUAAGCUAGCCAAAUGCAAUUUUGUAUGCUUUGGCAAUUUCGCGAAACGUUCUUCGUGUGUGAAAAGUGCAAAACAGAUGUUGAGUGUGCAAAAAUGUGCUGAAUUUGAAGAAAAUCGCUGCAAACAGUUGCGAAACUGGUGAAAUUCGACGACUUUUUGUUGCAAUAAAUGCAAAAAAAAAAAUAAAAUUAUAAAUGAAAAUUAAGUGAGUGAGCCAAGCAGCCGAAUGCUUUAUUUUGUUUUGAAAAUUUCUGAAAGAUUUCCAAGAAACAUACGCCGAACGAACUAUAACAAUAUAGUGCGAGAAAUACCAAUUAUACUGUGAAAUAAACCAACAACAACAAGCACACGUAUAUAAACAAAACAACAAUAAAGACCACACCAAAAAUAAUUAAUAACAAAAGUAAAGAAGAAAAUAAGUUGUGAAAGGGAAAUGCGCAACAAAGUAAACAUUCGUCAGAAAAUCAAACAAAACUACGCAGUGAAGUGAAAUAAUAACAAUAACAACGAAACAUAUAAUAAAAGCGAAGCAGCAAUUAUUGAACGAGCGGGUUUCCACAGCGUUGACCUGCGCACCGGCUACACAAGCCUUGUGAUCCUCUCGACAACCUGAAACUCCAACAGCCAAACCGAAACCAAAACCAACUUGAACUAACCUCUUGGCGAGGUGCCACUAAACCUUCGAAAUUAUGUUGAGAACGCCCACACACAUCGUGGAACUGAGUACGAAUACGACGAGUCCAUUGCUACAGAAGUUCCACGUCGGCGCGACUACCAACGGCGCUGGCGCGGCGAACGGCUCCCCAGCCGUCGGUGUGAAGGCGAGCAGUUGUGCGGCGGCAGCAGCCGCAGCGGCAACUGCGGUGCAAUAUCACCAUCAACAACAACAACAGCAAAAGCAAACGUCUAACAAAUUCUUUAAUGAUCGGCAGCAGCAACAACAAGAACAACAGAAACAAACGACUGGCUAUCGAUUUCAAGCGAAGGGCAUGAAAAUCACCACAUCAUCAUCCUCGGCUGCGAAAGAGCACUUAGCGAACGCAACAAUAACUACAAACACAGCACCGGCGGCUAGCACACCGAUUUCGGCCGCACGCAGCCUCUUGUCAUCGACACCGUUUAUUUCGUUUAAGCGUAUCAAAAAAUCGAAAACAACCACCACCACAACAACAGCAACAACCAAUUCAACGAGCACACGCACAAAGACGAACGGUCUGAUCGCCAACGCUGUGGUGGAACACGUUUAUGCGCCAGCAACGGUCGCUGCAGCCACAGUGCAGGGCCAACAGUUCGACCAGUCAGCUGACAGUAGCAGCGGCAACAACUAUCACUUUUGCUGCGGCAACCAACACAAUAACAACAACAAUAAUAACUAUUUGAAGACGGAAAUCGCUACGUUGACGCACGGCAACGGCACCGCGCUGGUGAAAUCAUCGUCGUCAUCAUCGAACGCCUCCUCGACGGCUUCGUCAAAUCACUCGGCCUUCUCCAGCACGCCGCUUACCGCUUCUGCCUCCGCGGCCAGUGUUGGCAACGCGAGCAAUAUCAGCUGCAGCACACAGAGCACAGCGAUCUCCAGCACCAACUCGAACGCCUCCAGCGCAGCGUCGGCCACUUCGGUCGUUACUAUGUCGCCAACAACACAGGCUCCGACGCGAACAUCACUGUUCGAUUCAUGUCAUCGGAAGAUACGGCUCAUCGGCGGCGGUCCGGUCGCCUUUCUGGGCGGACUUGUAGCAAAAGCGCGUCGUAAAGAGCGCGAUGGCGAUCAAAAUUCAACAGAUACCAAAUUAUAUUUGGAGGAGAGCGUUCUAGAACGUAAGCUACCUGAAGCCGAUCUCAAAGCCUUAGUGGAUCUUCCAGCUGGCUUGGACUAUAAUGAAUGGCUGGCCUCACACACACUGGCUCUAUUUGAGCACGUAAACCUGGUUUAUGGAACUAUUAGUGAAUUUUGUACGCCCUCUGGUUGUGCCGACAUGACCGGACCUGGCAACAGAACGUACUUAUGGUUCGAUGAGAAAGGCAAGAAGACGCGCGUCGCCGCACCACAAUACAUCGACUAUGUGAUGACCUUCACGCAGAAGACAGUCAGCGACGAGUCGAUAUUCCCAACCAAAUAUGCCAACGAAUUUCCGAGUUCGUUCGAAUCGAUUGCCCGCAAAAUACUACGCUUGCAAUUUCAUGUGAUAGCUCAUCUCUAUGCGGCGCAUUUCCGAGAAAUCGCGCUACUGGGACUGCACACCCACUUAAAUUUGACCUUUGCGCACCUGACCGCACUGCAUCGCCGCUUCACGCUGAUCGACGAGAAGGAAACGGACGUGCUGCGCGAUCUGGAGGUGGCGCUGCGCCUCACCGACGACGGCCAAAGCUCGCUCGCCUCGUCCACAAUUACGGCCACAACGGAUGGUGGCAGCAGUAGCUGCGGCGGUGGCGGCAGCGGCGGAGGCGCGAGCAGUGGCACUACAGCUGACAGUGGUAUCGCGAAUAGCGGCAGCAGCUACAGCAGUGGCGGUGGCGCGGCAGCACACGCUCACCACUCACAGCAGCAGCAACAGGCGGGAGCAGACGAUGUCAAUUUAUUGCAACAGCAACAGUCAGCGGGCACAACGCUCAUCGAUGGCGACGCGGCUGCGCCGCCCAUUUGCACGCAGCCCGAGGCGCAGACGAAGCAGCCGAACAAUGCGCACGCGUCGACAGCAGCGGCGGUCUUUGGCGGCGGUGGUGGCCUUAUUGGCGGCAUAUUGGGCGAUCUGAGUAGCGGUGAGUUCGGCGAGACGGCGACACGCUAUUGCACCUCGGCCCUGCCGCAACACCAACAACAAGCUCAGAACGCUGAGGUGGCGGUGAAUUGCAACAAUGGCGGCGCGGGCGCUUUGCACUUGAAUUUCAACAAUAAUCACCAUCAUCAUCAUCACCAUCACCAUCAUCAGCACGCGCAUGCGCACCAGCCGGCGGCGCAUCAUCAUUUCACACAACAACAACAGCAACACCAGCAGCACAGCGGCCUCAUACAGUGCAAUGCCAGCAACGCGCCGAACGCGAACACCGUCACGAACGCCGCAGCCACGACCGCAACGAAUGCCAGCGCCGCAGCAACAACAACAACAGCAUAGUUGGCAACACCGUGCGCUCCCCCAAGAAGUAUACACUUAGUUUCCAAAGCUUGUAUUGAUGAUACCGUUGAUGUUGAUGCUUUAGUUGGACGCGUUGCAAGUGUUGAUUUGUAUGUUGUUAGAUAUCCUAGUGCAGCGACAGCUGCUGUUGUUGCUGUCGAAACUGUCGAAAGUGCUAACGCAAGUGCUAUUGUUAAUGCCGUCGUCGCUGCGAACGCCAACACCAACACCACCACCAACGCCGUUGUUGCCGCACCCAUUGCCACUGCUGUUGCCCCUAGCGUAGGAAGCGAUCUUGUUGUUGGUCGCAAGUAUGAUGAUGUUGACGUUGUUGUAGUCGGUGUUGAAGUUGAAAUUGAAGACAAAGCUAAAUACAAAAACAAAGAUGAUAAUGAUAACGAUGUUAAAAGUGUUGCCGUUGCGGCCGCAAAGGAUGUAUGACGCUUAUUGCUUUAUAUUUACAAUAUAUAGAGUAGUGUUAACUAAAAAGUAAGAUUACAAAAAGAAAACAAAAAAAAACAAACAAACAAAUAUGAAUAAUUUAAAGAAAAAGAGUAAAGCUGAGAAUAUGAAAAUAUAAAUAUAUAACAAAAUGCAAAACAAAAACAAAAUAGCAGAGAACUAUAUUGAUUGAUUGUAAUUGUGUCUGUAUCUGGUGUUACACCAACAAACAAAAUACAAAUAAAACUUAAUUUAGCAAACAGAUAAAUAAACACCUAAAUGCAACUCACAAACAUAUUAGCAAACAAAACGAAAAGUAAACCCAAGUAAUUCUAGAUUAUGUUAUGAAAUAAAGUGCUGAGUAAUAAGCUAGCAUUAUGCACUGUGCAAGCGAAAAUAAAGUUGAAUAAAUAAAAUUAACUAAUUGACAAAAAUACAA